AUGUCAUUUUGUUUCAGUUUCUUUGGAAAACAGUGGCAGAAGGCCUUCAAAACCGAGUGCAGGAGGGAUGUGGUAAAACCAGCACCUUGCAGCAGUCAAUGCAGGGAGCAGACAGAAGUGCAGAAGCGUGGUCCCAUCUUACUAGACGAGUGUUACGUGAAUGGUGUGGUACAGGAGAUUGUUAUCUUUCAACUGCUGCAGAAGCUGGGAGGCCCUGGAACAAGUGAAGGCACACCACUUCUAGUACGAAGGAGCAGUGAUCCAGCUUUGGGCCCACCUGCUGACUUCCACCCAAGUGCUUCUCAUCCCAGUGACCACGGUCUCAAGCAUGUUGUGGCAGGUGCUUCCCAGGUAUCCUUUCAGGAUGGGGAGGUGCACCUCACUGGACCCACAGAACUGUUGUUGGCUCAGAGGACCCGGCUCCCUGUCAGCGAAAUGACAAAAACAGUGGAGAUUUCUGGGGAAGGUGGACCCUUGGGAAUACAUGUAGUGCCCUUUUUCUCAUCUUUGAGUGGAAGGAUGCUGGGACUCUUCAUCCGUGGCGUUGAGGAAAAUAGCAGAUCUAGGCGUGAUGGGCUUUUCCAUGAAAAUGAAUGCAUUGUGAAGAUUAACCACGUGGACCUUACAGAUAAAACCUUUGCACAGGCUCAGGACAUCUUCCGUCAGGCAAUGAAAUUUCAGAGUGUUAUCUUGGAAGUCCUUCCUCCAUAUAAUCGAGAACAAUAUGAGAAGUCUGCUAUUGCUCCCCUGUGUUUUCUGGAUAAUGAAGAAGGAGUUCCAAAAACAAAGAUUCCACCUCCUGUUCAUCCAAAACCUGCUCUGAAAACAAUUAAUCUUUCUGGAGCAAGCAGCUUGGAGGCAGAUGUACAGGCAACACUACAACAAGCUAACAGCCCCAACCUCCCACGUCUGGGUAGAAAGUCAUCUUCUCCCUCUCUCUCUCCCCUUAUGGGCUUUGGCAAUAAAAGAAAUGCAAAGAAAAUAAAGAUAGACCUGAAAAAAGGUCCAGAAGGACUUGGUUUCACUGUGGUUACCAGAGACUCUUCAGUACAUGGUCCUGGUCCGAUUUUUGUGAAGAACAUUUUACCAAAAGGUGCAGCAGUAAAAGAUGGUCGUUUGCAGUCAGGAGACAGAAUCCUGGAGGUGAAUGGACGGGACAUCACUGGCAGGACCCAGGAAGAGCUUGUAGCCAUGCUGAGGAGCACAAAGCAAGGGGAAACUGUCUGUCUGAUUGUGGCUCGUCAGGAGGAGGCUUUUCUACCUCGAGAGCUGAAGGGUGAGCCAAACUGCAGUGUUCUUUCUCCAGAAACCACGGAGCAGCUGACCUUUGAGAUUCCUCUGAAUGAUUCUGGCUCUGCUGGACUUGGUGUGAGCUUAAAAGGCAAUAAAUCUCGGGAGACUGGAGCUGAUCUUGGGAUUUUCAUCAAAUCUGUUAUUCACGGAGGUGCUGCUUUUAAGGAUGGUCGUUUGCGAGUAAAUGAUCAGCUUGUUGCAGUAAAUGGAGAGUCACUUCUGGGCAAGUCAAAUCACGAGGCCAUGGAAACACUAAGGCGCUCCAUGUCUAUGGAGGGGAACAUUCGUGGAAGGAUCCAGCUGGUAGUUCUCCGGAGAUUAGAGGUGCAGAUAGAGGAACGCUCAGACCAGGGAGUCUUUCAAAAAUCAGCCUUUGACGGGACUCAUAACUUCACAGCUGCUUCCCGACGCAAUGAUACUAUUCUUCAGCAAUUUGUAACGUGCGGUCCUCAGGAAAGAGCAAAAGAGUUGCCAGGGUCUGAUCGUGGCAGUGGUGAAAACGAAACCCCUCCACCUCUCCCACCGCAUCCCAGUGAGGAUCUGCUGAACGAGGAUUAUAAUCAUAGCCCUAUCAUAAAUUCAGCAGUGUAUUUAACAGAUCAGCACAUCAACUUCAGAUCUUUGACACCAGCCAAGCAGUCUGAAUCAAUUAAUCUGAAAGCCUCAAAAAGCAUGGAUCUGGUGGCUGUAGACCAGAGUAAGGUCAUGAACUUGGACAGCAGAAUUGGUGUAAUAACAGGGCAUAAAUGUGAAAUCUGCAAAGUACUAUGCAGAUUUCGGUUUGAGGAUGUUGGUAUAACCACCCAUGACCGCUAUCCCAAG